AGCUCGUAAGUAUUUUCUUCUGGAGUCGACACAUUGCUGCUCUGCUCCUCCAUUGCCUUUGUUUAUUCUCAACUCCAUUGAUAUGUUUCUUACUCAUAGAAAGAUUCGAUUCGCACACAGAUAAAGUAGAAUACAAUGAAAAACAGAGCAAUUAUAGACGAAGGGUACGUAUACGCCGAAGAAAAGCAUCUAACUGUUCGGAAAACAUCUCUUUUCUUCGCCGGAGAUGGAUUCUCCGCCUACGAUUGCGACGGCGGACUUCUCUUCCGCGUAGACACUUACGGCCCCGAUGCGCGCGACCGGAGCGAAGUCGUCCUCAUGGACGCCGCCGGAAAAUGCCUCCUCUCCGUCCGGCGGAAGAGGCCGAGCCUGCACAACCGAUGGGAGGGGUACUUAGGGGAGAGAGUGGAGGGGCAGAAUCCGAUCUUUAGCGUGCGGCGGUCGUCGAUAAUCGGACGGUCGAGCGUGGCGGUGGAGGUGUACCACACUCCAAGCGAAGAGUACACCAUCGAAGGGUCGUUCGCCCACCGGAGCUGCACGAUGUACAACGCCGACAAGGAAUGCGUGGCGGAGAUUCGUCGGAAAGUAGACUUGUCAACGAAUGUGGUGCUUGGUAAGGACGUGUUCUCACUCACACUCAAUCCUGGCUUUGAUGGGGCAUUUGCAAUGGGCUUGGUCCUCGUGCUGGACCAGAUCGACGGUGAUGAUUAUCUCAGCGACAUCAGCCCUGGUAAACGAGUCAACGUGGAUCCCACCUGUGGUGACACUAAUAUUACUCCUUAAUUGUUGAUCAAAUAAUAGCAAACCUAGAAAUAAAUCUACAUGUACUUUAUUAAAACUUUCAACAUUAAGGUAGUUGCAAGUUGCUUACCUACAAAAAAGGCUUUGUUUGUUGUUUAAUGGCCCAGCAUGUUAAAUUUCUUUCUAAUAUUUUUCUAACUACAUGUUACUUUAUUAAAUCUCAUGUAUGUGUGUCUUUGUAGAAUUUGGUUCAAAUGAGGACAUGAUCUCAAAUAAAUUUUAGAAUUACUUUGGA